GAAAAUAACCGUUGCCGCUGGACAAUCGGACCACCGCCUGAAUGCUAGCAGUACUUUGCACUAAACCCAUAAGCCACAACCCUAAACUGAAAUUCAGUAAGAAGACCAACGAUAUCUUACGGAAGAGGAUCUAGAAUGGGAGAAGAGGAAAAGGCGGUCGCAAGGGGGAAGUUGAUGGAAGGGAUAGCGUCCAUAGCACUCUUACCAAGUGGAUCCAUCUCCGGACACUUCAUUCAGCUUCCAGAGUCUGUCUGCUAUGGCCUUCAUGGCACUGAGUUGGCAUGUGAAAGGGAGUGCAGUAGAGGAGAAGAUUAUCGCUUGAUCAAACUUACAGUUACAGACUUCAAAACUAUGAGAGAAUGGGAUGUUAUAGUGGAAUGCAAAGGACAUGAUGCUGCUAGGCUAAAUAGUAUUGACCAUGCUCAUGGGUGGGAGAAUGAUGUAAUGAAUUUGCUUGAAGAGAAACAUCGGAAGGGAAAUAUUUUGGUUUCUUUUGAGUGUGAGACACUAAAAGCUGACAAAGAAGCAGAGGACCAUAUCAGCAAGUGCAUGCCCAAGUUAGUAGGGAUGGAGGCUGUUGUUAACAUUGGCAAGAUGACCAUCUCUGGCUUAGAGUUUGAAGAUGAAACUGAAUAAAAACAUGUACAAUGAAAUGAUGGGUUUGUACUUUGUAGGUUCCUUUCAAUUUGAGAGACUUGUAUUGGUUGCUAUCUUAUCACCAUUGUAUAUACUAUCUAUGCUGUAACGGAUAACGUCAUUUUAAAUCAUACUCCCUCUAUCCCACAAAUUUAGCUUUGCUUUUGGAUUUGCAGAUUCAACUUAAUGAUUGCCUUUUAAUUUAUCUGGAAAUUGUCAAUGUUGCCAAACAUGGGGUUUGAAGUAUUUUCAAGGAUAUGGACUAUGGAGGUGCCACAAUAGAUAGGGAGCACCUUGGGGGUGGAAGCAUGCCCACCUUAUUCACUUGGCCCCAAGUACUUGCUGUUGACUCUUACAGGUACGUCCCUCAUUCAAAAACACGGCCAGAAGAACGCUCGAAGAAAAGCAACCUACCAAACGGAGAGAGUCUGAGACCCAAGCAAAAAAUCUUCUUUUUCGUAAAAGUGUGUUAACUUUUUUAUUUUAAUACCAAUUUUUAUGUAAAUAUAUCAAAAUUCACAAUAUUUUAUUAGCUUUCAUAUGGCGCUGAUAAUGUAUACAUAAAAUUAAAAAUGGGGAUAUUUUGACUUUGCACCCCGCUUUUUGGGUGAUAUUAGACUUUGCACCUCAUUUUUAAAACUCUUAGACUUUGUACCCUGUUUCCCCUAAAAUGUCUUUGCCUUUGUACCCCAUUCAGGAGUUUUUCUUCAUAAAAUGUUGUAUAUAGGGUGCAAAGUCUAAAAGUAUUGAAAAUAGGGUGCAAAGUUUAAAAGUUUUGAAAAUAUGGUGCAAAGUCCAAUAUCACCCAAAAAAUAGGGUGCAAACUCAAAAUUCCCCUUAAAAAUAUAUUAAUAUGCAAUUUUAACUGCUACAUGUUUUCAGCCUCAACUUUUUUGAAAUAGAUUCAAGUGCUAAAAUUAAGAUUUCGCAGUUAAAAUAUUCUAUUUAUAUCUUUUUGUUAUAUUUUUCAAAAUUAGGUAUGAAUUAACAAACAAAAUUAAACUCCAAAUUUAUGUUUUUACAUCGAAAUGUCUAACUUUUUAACUCAUAAUUAUUUACAAAAAUAAAUUUGGGAAAAAUGUUGUAUAAUAAUAAAAAUAAGGUUUUAACAAAAAAAAUCAUGAGUUAAUAUAUUGACAGAGCUAGAUUGUAGGAAAAAUAGAAUUCAUCGAGUGUUUGCAAAAGAUUUAAAAAGUAUAUUUGAGCUUCUGGCUUAAAAAAGCUGAAAUGAGUAUUCUCAAUUGAUAAAUUCUACUCCAUCAGUCUCAUUUUGUAACAUAUGUUCCUUAUUCACAUGGUCAACACAAAUCACUAUUAAUCUCUUACUUUAUAUAUCAAAUUUGAUUCUGAUUUUUGCGACUUUGUAAAGCUUUUAAUGUAGUUUCUGAAUAUGUAAUUCUUUUUUUUUUUCUAAAAAUGACUUGAUUACGGGUAGAAGUACGUUUCCUUUAUCGUCGGUCAAAUAUCGUAAACCGUAAAGUGGCUUGCAAUUCGGGACGGAGGGAGUAUUUAAAUUAAGCACUUAAAAUUAAAAGGUGGAAGCAGAUUGAUAUGUGCUUUUCACUUUUUUUUGAGAGUAAGGUGCUUUUCACUUUUUGUAUUACACAAAACUCACUUAUCUUUCUUUUUGCCAUUUUCGGUCCCUCGACUAUUGUGUCAUUGACACUUUUGGUUUCCGACUUUUUAUUUUCCAAUUUUAGUUCUUGACUAUUAUUGUACUAGAGACACUUUUAGUCCUUGACUUUACAAUUUUCCACAUUUAAUCAUACGAGUAUUAUUAAAUUGACACUUAUAGUCGUACUAUGAUUUUGGCAUACUAAAUGGAAAACUAAAAAUGUCAUUAUUAUAAUAAUUGAAGGAUAAAAAGUGUCACUUUUAUUAGAGUUAGAGGACUAAAUAUAGAAAUUUUUGGAAACGGAUACUAGAAUUGUCUCUAUUGAGAUAUAUUACCCUGACCUACCACUCUACAUUAGCCCAGAACAUUAUUUGGUACGGAGCGCAAUCAGUGAGGUCCGUUUCGGCCCGUUUUUGGACUUCCGGCCCACCUUGGCCCAACAGGCCCAUCUUGGCCGCUUGGCCCAUUAGGGUGGAGCACCCCUUCCCUUUUCCUCUAUAAAUAGGAGGACUCCCCUCCUUGUUGAGGAGGCUCUUUCUUCCCCCUUCUUUCUAGCUAGUUUUAUACUCCAUUAAUAGGAGCUGGUACAAUGUAAGGAUAAGGAGAACAUUAAUAAAAUGAGCGGACUUGGACAUUAGCCUAAACAGUCCUGUGUUUUUCUCCCUUUUCCGGGUUUCCACGUAAAAACAAAGCGUUCAUACCAAAUUAUAUCUAUAUUUAUUAUAUCCUAUGUAGCACAGAUACCGGUACGCGGAAUCGCGGAAACGCGGACACGGGUACGGGGAUACGGCAAAACAAAAAAAAGUAGGAUACGGAUACGGGGCCAUAUUUUUAAAUAUUAAAAGUUAUGGGGGUGUAUUUACAAAUAUUAAAAGUUACAUGGGUGUAUUUAUAAAUAUUAAAAAUAGAUUUUUUUUUGGAAAUAUAUACAUAUAAUAUCCUAUGAAAUAUACAAAAAAUAUAAUUUUUUUGGAUAUAUAUAUAUCCUAUAUAUACAUAUAUACCCAUUCAUUACAUAUACAUCAUAAUAUUUCUCAUAUACACUAGUGCAUCUCGAAAUAUAAAUGUAGACAUGUAGUCGAUAAGUCAUUAGUUUAAAAUGAGAAAUAAGUCAAACAACUACAAUCUUGAAAUUAAAAGUGCAAGUACUAAAGUUCUAGAAUAAUUAAGAUAGAAAACAAUAUUUUAAAAGCUCUAACAUCUAAUACAUAUUUUCACUGGAAGUAUUAAUUUCCAGGAAUAAUAUUAUCUUCCAAAAAAACUGCCAAUGAUACGGGUAUCCGUCAAGAUACGAGUAUCGGAAACUUUCAAAAAAUUACAAAAAAAAUGGAAACUUUUAAAAAUUACAGAUACGACCCGGAAACGUACGAUACGGGUAUCAUAGAGUAUAGGAUACGGGAACGUAUCCUAUAAGCCGAUAAGCCGAUAGGCUACCCUAGAGAAGUAUCCUUGUUUCAUAGAUUAUAUCCUUUGGAUUAACCUUGAUGCCCCAGGCUUCGAUAAACCACCGCUGGAGGUUUUAAAGCGAACCUCACGAACCCAACUCCUCUAGAAAAUCUGCAGGGGCAGGAUACCACUCAGGGGAGAUGGCGGAGGAAGGAAAUCGUACCAAGACAGACCAGGCCUUGACAGCCCUCUCCUCCGCCGCAAUCGCUCGGCCACUUCGUCGGUCUCCGGUCUCAGCUUGCCUCUUUGCUACCGCUGCAGCAUCAUCGCCUGACGCAGCUCUCCCUCCAUCGCAGGUGAACCUUGAGCAUGGUGGAUUUCCGCCAUUAAUGGCGGUCUAGGGCUCAACUCGCAAGUCUAGCAAUAGCGUGAUGGGAUGAUCUCUUGCUGGAGCCGUACAGCAGUGUGGGGAGAAGGCCAAAUGAAGAGCGGCCAGUCCUUUGAGGAAUUUUGACUUAGUCAAAAUUGAUGGUGUCACUGCGCCUCGAUAAUGGCUGGCCGAACGUCCUUCUCAGAAAAGCUAAGUACCCAUACUCUAAAUUGGUACAUUUAAUUAUCGAUGCUAUGGUGUAGUAUUAUUACUAUGUUUAUUUGUCAUCACCAUUAUUUAGGGAUUAAAAUAUCCUGAACUAAAUAAUGAUCAAGCCAAGCUCUAGUGAUAGAUGGCCACCGUCAUUCUAAUUAAAUGAUUAUGUUGGUUGGCUUGUGGCCCCACCCCGACCGGCAUUAAUAAGUGAUCAGACCGUACCUGAAUGACAUCUGGUAGAAUAGUGUAGUUACUAUUACCUAUUAUGACAAUAUUUUUUAUUAGGGAUUAAAAUAUCACGAAAUUAAAUAAUGCCAAGCAAAGCUCCAGGGAUAUCUUAUUCCAUCAUUAUUUCAGUAUAAUGACUGUUCUAGUGGGCCCUUUGGCCAACUCUCGAUCGGCUUUAAUCGGCAAUAGGAGCGUCUCCGAGUGGCAUUGCCCCAAUGACAUGUUUCUUUUUAGGGUACACACGAUCCCGCACGGCACCAAGUGCUCGACCCACGAUCGUACCCCAAUACCAUUUACGCCGCUAGGCGUGAAGUGAUUGUUUGUCAGUCGCGGCCCAUAGGGCCCAAAGUACCGAGGCGCUUAACCUCCUGUUUAGGGGGGAAUGUGCCCAACGAAGGGUUGGGUUUGCAACUCAUAGAUCCAUGUGCCACUAUCAUAUAUGAAGACCGGCCUCCUCCCCGCUCCUCGCGGAUGAGGACCGUUGAUUGAUUCUUUCAGACCAUCCAUCGGUGCUGACAUCAUUUCGUGGCCACCGAUCCUUCGGUACGGUGCCAUUAUCAUAUUUGAAGACCGGCCUCGUCCCCGCUCCUCGUGAAUGAGGACCGUUGAUCGAUUCUUUAAGAUCGGCCCCCAGUGCCGACAUUAUCAUAUGGCCACCGACCCCUUGGUACGGUGCCAUUAUCAUAUAUGAAGACCGGCCUCAUCCCCGCUCCUCGCGGAUGAGGACCAUUGAUUGAUUCUUUCAGAUCGGCUCCUAAUGCUGACAUCAUUUCUUGGCCACCGACCCCCUGGUACGGUGCCAUCAUCAUAUUUGAACAUCGGCCUCGUCCCCGCUCCUCGCGGAUGAGGACCGUUGAUUGAUUCUUUCAAAUCGGCCCCCAGUGGUGACAUCAUUUCGCGGCCACUGACCCCUGGUACGGCGCCACUAUCAUAUUUGAAGAACGGCCUCGUCCCCGCUCCUCGCGGGUGAGGACCGUUGUUUGAUUCUUUCAGACCGGCCCUAGCGUCGACACCUUUAUAUAGCCACCGACCCCCUAGUACGGUGCCAUCAUCAUAUUCAAAGACCCCUAAAAAAACAAAAAAUAAACAAAAAAUAAACAAAAAAAAAGAAAAAAAGAAAGUAUAUAGAGAGCCACCGUCUUAUGCAGCACGAUCGGCCCCUCAGCGCCAUCGUGUCCAGUUCACGGUCGGCUCGUUCAUUCCUUCCAGGAUGGCGGCCACCGUCUUAUGCAGCACGAUCGGCCCCUCAGCGCCGACGUGUCUAGUUCACGGUCGACUCGUCCAUUCCUUCUAGGAUAGCGACCACCGUCUUAUGCAGCACGAUCGGCCCCUCAGUGCCAUCGUGUCCAGUUCGCGGUCGACUCGUCCAUUCCUUCUAGGAUGGCGACCACCAUCUUAUGCAGCAUGAAUGGCCCCUCAACGCCAUCGUGACCAGUUCACGGUCGACUCGUCCAUUCCUUCCAGGAUGGCGACCACCGUUUUAUGCAGCACGAUCGGCCCCUCAGCGCCAUCGUGUCCAGUUCACGGUCGGCUUGUCCAUUCCAUCCAGGAUGGCGACCACCGUCUUAUGCACCACGAUCGACCCCUCAGCGCCAUCGUGUCCAGUUCGCAGUCAGUUCGUCCAUUCCUUCCAGGAUGGUGACCACCGUCUUAUGCAGCACAAUCGGCCCCUCAGUGCCAUCGUGUCCAGUUCAUGGUCGGCUCGUCCAUUCCUUCCAGGAUGGCUACCACCGUCUUAUGCAGCACGAUCGGUCCCUCAGCGUCAUCGUGUCCAGUUCACGGUCGGCUCGUCCAUUCCUUCCAGGAUGGCGACCACUGUCUUAUGCAGCACGAUCGGCCCCUCAGCGCCAUCGUGUCUAGUUACGAUCGACUCGCCCAUACCUUCUUAGAUGGCGACCACCGUCUUAUGCAACACAAUCGGCCCCUCAGCGCCAUCGCGUCCCGAUCAUGGUUGGCUCCGCCCAUUCCUUCCAAGAUGGCGACCACCAUCUUAUGCAGCACGAUCGGCCCCUCGUCGCCAUCGUAUCUUGUUCAUGUUUGGGAUCACUAUUCCUUUCUAGGAUGGGACCCGUCACUGUAUAUCACGCCUGACACACCCUCUUUCAUACAUUACAUGCAUUCAUACAUUCAUGCAUCACAUCUCAUAUAUUUAUACACACACACAUGCACUGUGUUCGUCUUGCCCAUGUUUUUCGAGGCAGCUUGGUUCGGGCCUCUUAAGGUCCUCGGGUAGCAAAUCCAGGUUGUGGUCUUUUACUCCUGUCUGAUACAUUCAGGGGGAGAGGGUCCGGGGAAGAGCGUCCCAUGCCCAUUCCAGUCGGGAGGGGGAGCGCCUUACCGGCAGAUUAUGUUCAGAGGGGCAGACACCCACCCAUGGAGUGGGAUUGUUCGAAGACUCAGGUCCAAGGAAGACAAAGGAAGAGCGCGAGCAAGAAUAUACUUUCUCGAGCAGAUUCACAUGCUCACUACUCAAGAAAUUGAGGGACUUGUGUUGAGAUAUAUUACUCCGACCUACCACUGUACAUGAGUCCAGGAAAUUAUUUGGUACGGAGCCCAAUCAGUGAGGCUCGUUUCGGCCCAUUUUUGGCCAUCUGGCCCACCAUGGCCCAACAGGCCCAUCUUGGCCGCUUGGCCCAUUAGGGUGGAGCACCCGUCCCCCUUUCCUCUAUAAAUAUGAGGACUCCCCUCCUUGUUGAGGAGGCCCUUUCUUCCUCCCUUCUCUCUAGCUAGUUUUAUACUCCAUUAAUGGGAGCUUGUACAAUGUAAGGAUAAGGAGAGCAUUAAUAAAAUGAGCGGGCUUGGACAUUAACUUAAACAGUCCCGUGGUUUUCUCCCAUUCCGGGUUUCCACGUAAAAACAAAGCGUUCAUACCAAAUUGUAUCUAUAUUUAUUAUAUCGUGUUGGAUUAAACUCAACAGUCUCUAUCCCAAUAAUCGAGCACUAAAAGUGAAAACAAUCAAAGUUAAGUACCAAAAAUGUCAAUGACAUAAUAGUCGGAGGAUUAAGGAUGUUUUUACUUGGACUGUAAUUUGAUGGUCUGGUCUGAUCUGGUCUGGUCUGACUGGUCUGGUCUGGUUUCUUUGUAUUUUUAUAACUAUUCAAGUCUGGUCUGGUCUGGUCUAGGAUGAAUUACAGACCAAGUAAAAACAUCCUAAGUGGCAAAAACUCUUUUCAAACCCUACCCACUUCUACUUUUUCAAAAGCAUCUUUUCUCAAACACUAUAUAUAUAUAUAUAUAUAUAUAUAUAUAUAUAUAUAUAUAUAUAUAUAUAUAUAUAUAUAUAUAUAUAUAUAUAUUAAAUUUUACUUUUAAACGUUUUCUCUAAAAUCACUUUAAAAAAUCAGUUUUUUAAAAAUAAAACUCUCGAAAGACACUCCUAAGGGUGUGUGCACAUUGAGGUCUUCCCAACAACAAAUUUAGGGAGUGAUUGUAAAUGCUUUUGCUUUAAAAAAACACUUUUUAGAGUGAUUUUGGAAAAAGUGAUUAAUAUAUAGUAAAAGUUGACAGUUUUUGAGAAAAGUGAUUUUGAAAAAUAAAUGUUGAUAUUGUUUGGUAAAAUUUGUAUUUUUUGUGUAAUAUAAAAAGCAAAAAGUAUUUUUCAGCCAAAAGCCAAGAAACGCUUUUUUAAGUAGAAGUUGCUAGUUGUCACUUGAAAAAUACUAAUUUUAACUUUCUUAAACUAAAAGUCGAGAAGGCUUUUUUUAAUUAAGCUCUUGCAAAGAGACACUUAAUCAUUUAGUCUAUCAUUUAAUGAAGGGUGUUGACUGGCACAAUUACAAGACCAUUACCUGUAUGAUGUAGUCAUUUGACUGUUGUAUACUUGUAUGUUGGUAAAGAAACCGAGUCAGAUCCGAUCAAGACCAUUUAUUUACUUGGUUUAAUUUCAGCUGGUGAAUAUUUUUACGGCUAAAGGGUCAAAUAGGCCCCUGAACGUAUACGAAUUGCUCAAUUGGCACCCCAAACCCAAAAAAGCUCCGAUCCAACCCACCAACCAAAUUAAAAACUUCAAUCCCCCCAUCCAACCGGUUACCUCCCGGUUGUCCCCCUUUCAACCGGAAACUGGAAGGUCGGUGGUUAUCAGAGAGCUCCAAGCUACCAUUAAUGGCGGAAAUCAGAGAGCUCUCAACCGGUGGGGGUUCCCACGACAUCGGACCAGAUGGAUGAGUGGUCACUGGUUGGCCGCUGAUGAAGAACGGCGGUGUGGCGGCUGGAGGAGCCAACGACGAGCCACGAGCAUCGCUACGGCCGGCGGCGUUUCUCCGGAAAUGGAGCGGCGAGACCUGGGGUGCUUCAGAGAGCACCACUUGGUGCAGGUGGCCUUACCGGAGGGUUCACGGCGGUGCGAACGACGGCGGCGGCUCCGGUGACCCUUGGUGAUAACCUUUGGUGCGAAGUACUGUUCACAUGCGUAAGGGGG